GAAAGUAUGAUGUCACGGAAACAAAUAUAGAUCUGGGACAAAGCCCUGCAUUUGCUCUGCCUCGAAUAAGCAGCAACCAAGCGGUCGACAUCUUAAAGCAUUCUCUUUUACUCAUGGAUCGCGAAGCGUGCCUCGACUUUCAGCGUAUACAAGUCACAGAAGAUGAGAGUCUUGAUACUUACAACAACAUAAUGGCGCAGUUACAGCUUGAUCGUCGUUUACCAGAAGGAAGGAGGACCUACGAGCGAUUGCUCGAGGACCUGGGAUUGCAGCCUGCACCAGAAGAUCAAGAAGAUAGAGUAUGCAAGCAGUUUGUGUUUCAAGGACAGUGUUUGGUUCUUGGAGAGUCUGGGGUUGGAAAAACAAGUCUGGUGAAGUCGCUCACCGGAAAACCUUUCGAUCGCGAGCAACCCAAAACGCAAGGAAUUGAUCAAAGUUUUGUGAAUGAGACGUGGCAAAACUUGAAGCUAACGGAUCUUAUGUUUGGAAACUUCAGUCAAUUCUUUCAAAACGUCUUUGUUCAGUUAACUGUCUUUGGAAAAGCUGGCAAUGUAAUUGUUCAAGAGUCCACGACUUUUCGGGGUAACGAUCCCCUAGCGGAGACUAGGGCAAAUUGGAAGCGUGUAUUGCUAUCUGCUCUACUAUGCUGUCUAGUCAUGGAUACUACUCUGAAUCCAGGAAUAAUUCUUUCAGUUGCGGUUUUUCUGCCAUUGCUCAGUUUUUUGGGGGAAUGGUGUAUUUUUCACUCGGAACCCAUAAGACUAAUAGCAAUCGCAUGGAGUUUCUUUGUCAACUAUCGUGGCUUGUUAAUGGGUAUAUUUAUUUCUGUUCUGUCUGAAGCCUAUCUCUUUAAAAGAAUGCCUGCAUAUAGUUUUAGCAAGUAUUUACUUCUCUCUGCCCUAUUAGGUUUCCUGUUCUUCUAUCUUUGCAAAGAGUCAAGAUUGUUUCAGCAGUCGUUUGCGAUCGUCAGGAAGUGUCGCCAUCCGGGACAACUAAAAUUUAAGAACCAACGACCUGUAGAAAUCAUCUUCAUUGGCCGUUUCGUGAUAACUGUUAUUAUAGGCUUCACGUUCACUUGCUUUAUAAUAUUGGUGAUACAUAAUCCGAAUAGGACUAAGUCAAUAAGUUACAUACCAUUGGUGGUCAUCUGUCAUUUACUUAUGUUACUUCAAUCAGUGCCAAGGAUUGUAAAAUCUAUACCUGGGUGGCGUUACAAAGUAAUAUUCAUUUUUGCGACCAUUUGCCUUUAUUUUGUUGGAGGUUUGCUACCUCUAGAUGUGACCAGAAUUAUAACAUUCCUUGUAUUUUGCUGUGAUACAGUCCACAAAGAAUGCUUUUGCAUUACAUCUGCAGCAGCCACUAUUGGUAAUGACCACCAAGGUUCAACUAAUUUCACUGCAGUUUGUAUAGAGAAAGCAGCACUGAAUCAAAGUCGUUUACGAGAUUCUCUGAAUGAAAAGUUCUCUUACCCUAGUCUGAAGAUCCUUGAUUUUGCUGGAGAUAAAGAGUAUCAUGCCUACCAUCAUAUGUUCCUUAGGAGCCAGGCCAUUUAUGCCAUUGUAUUCAACAUGGCUGAGUUUGCAGAAAAUAGCUUCAAAGACAUACAUGCAAAAAUCAAGACACUCCAUCUGUGGUUUGAAUCUGUCUGUAGCCAUGUGCCACUCAAAACUCCAAUCCUCCUUGUUGGAACACAUAGAGGAAACAUUGACAAAAUUGUGAUGGAGGAGACAAAUGACUAUCUGAAGAGAGACCUUUGGCAUCUCUACUGUGAUGAAAUUAUCGAGAAUGAUGUGGACAAGUUAAUCUUCUUUCCGGUUGAAAACUCCCAAGGUCAAAAUGACCCUGGAGUUCAAAGUCUGCAAAAGAAAAUCAUGGCAGUUGCAGAGGAACGCAGGGGAACUAUAGGUCGCAACAUAUCUCUAUCAUGGAUCCAAAUUCAGGACGAGAUUAUUAGUCUAAGAGAAAACAAGAAUGCCAAGUUCUGUGUGACGCUUGAAGAGUUUCCAACAGCAUUUGGAACUUUUAUUUGCACCAACUGGUCUGAAGAAACCUUGAAGUACUUCCAUGAAAAAGGACUGGUAAUAUACCUUGACAAAGAUCCAGAGUUGUCCAGGUGGGUUCUUCUCAAGCCUGAGAUACUGGUUGAUAUCAUCAUCAAGCUUGUCAUGCCACCCCCACAAAUGAUCAAGGAAAGAGGCUUCAGACGUGACUGGAAAUGUCUGCAAGAAGAAGGAAAGCUGACUAAAUCACUGCUGACAAGAAUCAUCUCUACUGCAGAGCAAGAAACUGAAGCCCUGACUGGAUUCCUCGAGGAAUAUGAUUUGAUCUGCCCUUUAUCAAACAGGAGGGUGGAAAUGUGUAACCAAGAUGAUGAUCAAAACCAGCCAACUCACUUUGUUCCAUCCCUGCUACCAAUGCCUACAGAUGGCUGCAUGCCACCAAUAUGGCAAGAUGAUAACACAGAUAAGAAGUUCUAUGUGUUUUUUAAGAGGUUUCUUCCAGAACCCCUGUUCCAUCGCCUACUAUCUCGUGCCCACAAGAACAGCAUGCUUGAAUAUCCAAAUGGCCAACCUGUUCUGUAUAGAGAUGCUGCCAUGUUCUGGAUGAGGCCGUCGCAAGACUACAAGCAAGCAUACAGACUGAGGAUUUUGAAGGAAGAAGGAAUGAUUGAAGUGACAAUAAGCUCCAGCAAGUAUGGAAUGAAACCAUCAGACGUGCUGACGCAAGUGUUUUCAAUGGUCGAUGGCAUUCACAAAAGAGAUUUUCCCUUUGUUAAAUUCCAUUGUGGACCUGCAUGUAUCUCACCUGAGUGCCCUGGCUACCAAGACUACUACAAGCCACAUCGUGUGGCUCAAGGUAACAGACGUCACAUAUAUGAUGUUAUGCCUGGACGCCUAAGAGAUAAGAUGGCGUCUUUGGACUGCGUAAACCACAGCUUUGAAGAUGAGUUAAAGGAGUGGGUGCCACCCAGCUCAAUAUCCUGACUUUUUAAAGCUGAAAAAAUGUCACAUUAGGUUGACCCUGCAAGAACCACAACAACAAAAAGUGGAUAAGCCUAAAACUUUUCAAAGGACAUCAGAUGCAUUUAACAAAUUUCUUUGCAGUAUUUCUUGAAGCUCAAUCACAAAUACAUUUUUAAGUAUGUUUAAAUGUUUAUGUUUAUAAAUGUUUAUAAAUGCCUAAUAAGCUUUUUGUUAGCUCUCAGAUGUGUCAUAUUGGUAUCAGUCUCUGAAAUGAUAAAUAUAUAUAUGUUCACUUAUCUUUAUCAGUGUUACUUAUCUUCACAAAUAUCCCUUUUUCUUGAGACAAAAUGAAUGCACUGUCAGUUUCAGACAAAUUUUCCAUGUAAGCAUAUCAGCGACUUUGCAAAAACAUGCCCGUUAGGUUUUUUCAGGCAAAGCUUGAACUCAGGCCUAGCCAGCCACUCUAAACUAGGGGAAGCUCCGUCAAGGCAAGGCUGGGGACAUGGCCCAGGCACCGGCCUAUCUGCUGGUGGUUUGCUGGUGGCCAGCUGUCAAAAGCAGGGGGAAGGGGAGGGUGUCUUUUACUGACACCUUCACUUAGCUAGACUUUGAGAUUUAAGCACUGAAAUGACCUAGAUACUGACUGUGUUGCUGGGCACUUUGCUUAAAACUCAAAACAACACAAAACCCUCAAACCUUGUUUGACAAUA